AUGGCAUAUCACAGCAAAACCGUCAAUUAUGGGAUUAAGAUGGCAUUGCUGAUGUCGGCUCCCUACAUUAGCAAUGUCCAUACCAUGGACAAACUGACAGAUCGUGAGCUCAAUCGCUUGAUCGUCGAAGAAGAAGAGCCACCAGAUAAUGUUGAUGAGCCUUUUAGUUUCAUGUUGGCGCAGAUUUUUCGGUCAUUUACGGUCAAACUCCCUGAUGUGACAGAGCUGAGGGUCCCUUUACAUAAAAUUCGCUACUGUGAUCACAGACUCCACAGCAAAUUUGCCCUCACAGAUGAACAAGACCUGGUUCCGCUGUUCGAUGAAGAUGAGCAGCAGUGGAACUGGGCACUUCCAAUGUUGCAUCUCGACGAGCCUUGCAUUGACCAGAUUGAAGAAACUAUUGGAGAAGGACCAGAGGGAAAUGAGAAUGAGAUGUCUGGGAGUGGGGUCAAUGACAGCUUACUGGAGGGUCCGUUGGUUGCCUUGGAGGCUCGGAAACAUCCAUUUGAGGAAAUCUUUGCGUUGUUUUUCAAUACCUGUAUCUGGUGCUCUGUCCUUACAGCAGCCAAAGGUCAUGGAGGCAAAUCAGACCGUGGCACUACCGGGAGCGCCCCCACAACACUUAAUGCACCAGCAAGUGCCUCCACAAGCAAGGCUACAUUGACUGCCGACCCCCCCGAGACAGAAAUCCCCACAGAUCCUCUUCGUACACAUCCCCCACAGCCAAUCGGAAAGAUAUUAGUUAACGAUCACACAUAUGACAUCCUCGAACUCAUCUUUUCUAGCCAGGGGCUUGUUGGGCACGGCAUGGUCUGUUAUUUGGCCAGGAGGCACAAUGAAGAGUAUAUAAUAAAGGACUGUUGGGUCCUUGGGGACAAAGACAUCGCCUUGAAUGAGGUAGCGAUGCUUCAGGCGAUGCAAGGGGUCCGUGGUGUUCCUCAAUUAAUUGAAUAUUGGCUUGUUGAGACAAAGCCUCAAGAGGUUGACGAAACAAUGAGUUAUCGUGGCAAGAUUUGGAAGAGUAUCCAAGGUACUUCACGCACACAUGUUCGUUUGGUCUUGAAGCCCCGUGCGCGACCUCUACACAUGUUCCGGACAAAAGUAGAGUUGGUCAGUGCGAUUCGGGACAUCAUUAGAAUUCAACAGAUAGCUGUUGAAGAAUGUGGAAUUCUCCACCGAGACUGCAGUCUCAACAACACCAUGAUUGAGGACGACGGCGAUGGAUCCCAUGGAACAUUGAUCGAUUGGGAGUUCACUGUACAUAUUCUUGAAGGCCAAAAAUAUGCUAUCGGGGGGACAGGUACAUUACCUUUCAUGUCCCGAUUGCUCUUGUUCCAGCUCUCUGAAGCUGUUGGCAGCACGGCGAUGUCUCAAAAUAGCUGGAAACACACCUCACACUCCCGUGCAAAGUGCCUCCUCUUAUUAUGCACGGCUAUCAGGAUGAUCUCGAUCAUUGAUCUUUUGACUAAGCACCUCGACAUCCUUCCAAAGGAUGAGCCUUCCCCGGAGCUUUUAUUCGCACGAAAGGUCAUUGAUGCACUCCCUGGUGGACUCACUGGACUCCCUGACGCACUCCCUGGUGGAAAAAGAAAGGUGGCAUCCGAAGCAGCUGAUAGAAAUGUACCUUUACCAGUCAUGGAACGUGACAUGGCAUUAGGGGGUCGAGUUCUUUGGACGGAUGGAAGCCGUUCCCCAGCCCAAGCAGAUGAGAACUACCUAGAUGUCUAUUAUACCUACAAUUAUAUCUGA